AUGCCGAGAGGGAUGUUAGUCGCCGCUUAUUUCAGCGCCACCCUGCUCGAAUAUAUAGUUGGAGACUGGGAGGAGGUUGGAAACCAUCCCUCCCUCUAUCUCCCGAUGUCGUACCUCGACUCUGUUGACCGUCAGCGGCCAACAACUGCCAACUCUGACCCAGCAACUGCAGUUCCCUCUCGUACCCCUUCCGAGAACAUCGAGCUGUCCGAUGUAGAAAAGAAACACCAUGGCGAGCAUCAGGACGGUGUUAAUGUCAAGGAGGCCGAGGCCCAAUUCAACGCACUUGCCCGGCGCCUAACACGCCAGAGCACCAAGCACCAGGAAGCAUUUGGUGGUGAUGUAGAAAAACAAGAGACUUUCGACUUGCUCGAGUACUUGCGUUCUACCUCUGGGAAGCAAGACGAAGCCGGAUUUUCCAAAAAGCAUGUGGGUGUUACUUUCGAGAACUUGAGAGUAACGGGAGUUGGAGGAGUCAAAAUCUACGUUCGCACAUUCCCAGAUGCGGUCAAGGAGUUCUUUUUGUCUCCCUAUUACAUCGCAAAGAGCCUGGUUGGUGGACCCGGAGGUGCUCCCAAGACGAUUUUGCACUCUUUCAAUGGUGCAGUGCGCCCUGGAGAGAUGGUCUUGGUCUUGGGCCGUCCGGGUUCUGGGUGUUCGUCCUUCCUCAAGACUAUCGCAAAUCAACGCGGUAGUUUCCUGAGCGUCGAUGGUGAUGUCCAGUACGCCGGCAUCGGUGCCGCAGAGUUUGAGAAACGUUAUGCUGGACAAGCGGCUUACAAUAUGGAAGAUGAUAUUCAUUACCCCAUCCUGUCGGUUGCUCAGACAUUGCAGUUUGCCCUCAAGCUCAAGUCUCCCGGGCGUCUUCUUCCCGAACAAACUCGCGCUCAGCUCAACGACGAGGUUCUUGACACUCUUCUAGCCAUGCUCAAUAUUACCCACACCCGCAAUACCGUGGUUGGAAAUGAAUUCAUCCGUGGUGUGUCUGGAGGAGAGCGAAAGCGUGUCUCCAUUGCCGAGAUGAUGGCGAGUCGUGCUUGCGUUUGCUCUUGGGACAAUUCUACUCGCGGUCUCGACGCCUCCACUGCUCUCGACUAUGCCAAGUCUCUUCGCAUCAUGACCGACAUCUUCAAGCUCACCACCUUCGUCUCCCUCUACCAAGCCGGCGAGGGCAUCUACGACCAGUUCGACAAGGUGCUGCUCAUCGACGAAGGUCGUCAGGUGUACUUUGGACCUGCCAAGGAAGCACGGGACUAUAUGCUGUCGCUUGGGUUCCGCAACUUGCCUCGUCAGACGACUGCGGACUACCUUACCGGCUGCACUGACCCGAACGAGCGUGCGUUCGCCGAGGGCCGCUCUGAGGCCGACGUUCCCUCUACUCCAGAUCAACUCGCUCAAGCUUUCCAGCAAAGCAAGUACUGGUCUCGCAUGGUCGAGGAGCGCCAAGCUAUGAAGGCCGAGUGGCAGCAAGAGGCAAACGAUCCUGCUGGUGCACAAGCCCAGUUCCUCCGAGCCAACAAAGAGGAGAAGCGCAAGCAUGUCUCUCGCAAGGAUCCGCACACUGUCAGCUUCGUUAGCAUGGUGAAGACUUUGGUUUGGCGGCAAUGGCUUAUGCAGAUUCAAGACACUUUCUCUAUAUUUACUAGUUUCGCAACGGCUAUUAUUAUUGCAAUCGUGGCCGGUAGUUUGUAUCUCAAUCUCCCUCUUACCGCUGCCGGUGGUUUCACCCGUGGUGGUGUGGUUUUCAUGGCUCUCUUGUUCAACGCUCUCAAUGCAUUCAGUGAACUCCCGGCAAUGAUGCAAGGUCGCCCGAUUUUGUACAAACAGCUCUCGUAUCGGUUCUAUCGCGGUAGUGCACUCUCGGUCGCACAAACAAUCACGGAUAUUCCUCUCACUUCUAUUCGGAUCCUGCUGUUCUGUAUCAUCAUCUACUUCAUGACUGGUCUUGAGCGGAGUGCUGGGGCGUUCUUCACGUUCUAUCUGUUCACCUACACUACGUUCUUGGCGAUGACUGCGUUCUUCCGUUUGAUUGGUAUUAUUUGCACUGGAUAUGAUGUCGCUGCUCGUUUAGCUGCGGUACUCAUCACCCUUAUGGUUAUCUAUGCCGGUUAUAUGAUCCCCGUUUACUCUAUGAAGCGAUGGCUCUUCUGGAUUUGGUAUAUGAACCCCUUGAACUAUGGUUUCGCCUCUAUGAUGGAGAACGAGUUCUAUCGCAUCGAUCUCCAGUGUGUUGGCAACUACAUUAUUCCCCGCAAUGUGGGCGGUAUCACCAAGUACCCCUCCGAGCUCGGUCCCAACCAGGCCUGUACGCUUUUGGGAGCGAGCCCUGGUAACCCCCUUGUAUCCGGUGACGCAUACAUGGCUGCCAGCUUCGAGUACGCCAAGAAGGACAUCUGGCGCAACUUUGGUAUCCUCGUAUUGUUCUUCGUCGCCUUUGUUGCUUUGCAGAUUGUGGCUAUGGAGAAGUUCCAACAUGGUGCUCACGCUCGCGCAAUCACUAUCUAUGCCAAGGAGAAGAAGGAGAAUAAGGAACUCAACGAUCGCCUCAAGCAGCGCAAGGCCGCCGGUCGCAAGGGUCAGGAUGAGGACACCGUCAGUGGUGCUUUGACCAAGUCCACCAAGGCAUUCACCUGGGAGAACCUCGACUACACCGUCCCCGUUCCCGGCGGCACUCGCCAGCUCCUCAACAAGGUCUUCGGCUACGUCAAGCCCGGUACUCUCACCGCUCUCAUGGGUUCUUCGGGAGCCGGCAAGACUACUCUGCUCGACGUCCUGGCCGGUCGCAAGACCAUCGGUGUCAUCCACGGUGACGUCCUCAUCGGCGGUGAGCGCACUGGUGUCGCCUUCCAGCGUGGUACCGCAUACUGCGAGCAGCUCGACGUCCACGAGUCCACUGCCACCGUCCGCGAGGCUCUCCGCUUCUCUGCAUAUCUCCGCCAGCCAUAUGAGGUCUCAAAGGAAGAAAAGGACGCAUACGUCGAGGAGGUCAUUGCUCUGCUCGAGAUGGAGGACAUUGCCGAUGCCAUGAUCGGCCAGCCUGGUGUCGGACUCGGUGUCGAAGCUCGCAAGCGUGUGACGAUCGGUGUGGAGCUGGCAGCCAAGCCUCAGCUACUGCUGUUCCUGGACGAGCCGACUUCGGGCCUUGACGGGCAGUCUGCGUACAACAUUGUUCGGUUCCUGAAGAAGCUAGCCGCAGGGGGACAGGCAAUCCUCUGCACGAUCCAUCAGCCGAACGCACUUUUGUUCGAGCAGUUCGACAACCUGCUUCUGCUGCAGCGUGGGGGUGAAUGCGUGUACUUUGGACCUAUCGGCAAGGACAGCCAGCAUUUGGUCAAAUACCUCGCCGACCGCGGAGCCGACUGCCCUCCCGAUGCCAACCCGGCCGAAUACGUCUUGGAGGCCAUUGGUGCUGGGUCUCGUGAACGAGUUGGACCCACUGAUUGGGCUGAACUAUGGCGCCAGAGCUCUAACUUCCAGGAGGUCAAGCGCGAGAUCCAACACAUCAAGGAGGAAGCAGCCAAGCACCCGCCGGAAGUUGAUCCCAAGGCCAAUGACGAAUAUGCUACCCCAUUCAUCCAUCAGCUCAAGAUCGUCUCGGAACGUACCCUCACUGCCUUCUGGCGUCAACCCGACUAUGGCUUCACUCGUCUGUUUUCGCACGGGGCCAUUGCUCUCCUUACCUCCUUGACCUUCUUGCAACUCGGCAACUCCACUCAAGAUUUGCAGUACCGUGUGUUCGGAAUCUUCAUGGCCAGUGUCAUGCCCGCGAUUAUCAUCUCCCAAGUCGAGCCUAUGUUCAUUAUUGCACGAAUGAUUUUCAUCCGCGAAUCGUCUUCUCGCAUGUACUCCCAGUUUGUAUUUGCUCUCGGUCAACUGAUGGCUGAAAUGCCCUACUCUGUUCUAUGCGCUGUUGUCUACUUCUUGUUGUUCUACUACCCGGCCGGCUUCAACACCGCAUCGGAUCGUGCAGGCUACCAUUUCUUCAUGAUUCUGAUCACUGAGAUUUUCUCAGUUACCCUUGGUCAGAUGUUGGCUGCCUUGACCCCUAGCGUUUACAUCGCUUCUCUUCUCAAUCCGUUCAUCCUAGUUACAUUCUCCCUCUUCUGUGGUGUCACCAUUCCUAAGGCCUCGAUGCCCAAGUUCUGGCGUGCUUGGUUGUACCAUCUCGAUCCUUUCACACGCAUGAUUUCCGGAUUGGUCUCUACCGAAUUGCACGGCCUUCCGAUAACUUGCAGCCCGAUCGAGUUCUCCAUCUUCCAGCCUCCUUCUGGCCAGACCUGCAUGCAAUGGGCCGGUGACUUUGUGAACGCUACUGUCGGAUACUUGGACAAUCCGGAAGCUAGUUCUGACUGCCGAUACUGCCCUUACUCCGUCGGUGAUGACUUCUACGUCGGUCUCGAUAUCUCAUUCGACACUCGCUGGCGCGAUCUCGGUAUCAUGAUCGCAUUCACCGUCUUCAACGUUAUUAUUACCCUGGUCGCCUCUAGGCUCUUCAAGUUUGCGAAGCGGUAA